AUAUACACUUCACACCUAAUAUCUCCUCCUCCUCCUCCUCCUCCUCCUCCUCCAAUAACCCUAACCUAAACCAAAUUAAGAAACGAUCUUCUUGAGCUUUAAUGACACAAAAAGUUUUUGUUUCAUCUCAGACGAUGUCCAAGUCAUCUAUCCAUGGAAAGCUUACCUUACCACAAAAUGUGGGUGGAAGCCUGUGGCUGAAAAAACUUGAACUGGAAGAAGGAGACAAGGUGAGUAUUUUUCUCUUGGAUAAGAACGCGAGGACUUAUUCAAUUGAAGUGGAAAAGGCUCCAAGGGCGGAUCCUGAGCCAGACCAACCCCGCAUAAAGCUUGAUCUGAACCAACCAGCCAGCCCUACUUGAAGUUCUGAUAAGCUGAAGUCUAUUAAUUAAUUAAUUGGUACGUUUCCUCGUGUUCAAUGGAAUUGGUGUUUCACGUGUUUGAAUUGUAGCUAUUAGUUAAGAUUUUGUUAAGUUAACGUUCCUACUGUCAAGGUAUCAUGUUUAGUGCAGAAAGUCAGUGAUAAUAAUUAGAUGUGUUAAUU